AUGGCUGCACCGAACGACAACCAUCGAUACUCGGUCCUAAUCAUCAACCCAAACACGUCAACCCACAUGACGAACGCACUCAAACCCAUCCUAGAGAGCUUGGAUUAUGCAGAUAUCCACUUCGAUUACUUCACGGCACCUUCCAGUGAGUCUGUCACACUCCCGGAUGGGCGCAUUAUCAUCGGAGUGCCCAGCAUCAACUCUGGAGAGGAUUCUAUCACAUCAGCCUUGCAUUGCAGGCCCUUUGUCGAACCGCUUGUUCCAAGAUAUGAUGCAUUUCUUGUGGCAUGUUAUUCCGCUCAUCCUUUAGUCGGCAUGCUGAAAGAGGCGAUCACAGAAUAUGAGCAGACGUCCUCCAGAAAAGACUCCGCAAUACCGGAGUGCCGAAAGAAAUAUGUGACAGGCAUAUUCGAAGCUAGUGUCUUGACCUCUCUCUCCCUCAUUAGCUCUUUCCAUCUGAUGGGAGAUGCAAACUUUCAUAAAGCCCAAGCGAAGGACACCUUCGGCAUAGUUACGACUGGGAGCAUCUGGAGAGACGAACUGACAAGAGCGGUCACAGAGAUGAUCGUGAAUUCUGGCGACAGCGGCGGCUCUACUGCUCGCUUUACCGGUGUGGAGACCACUGGAUUGACAGCCGGUGAAUUACAUACUACGCCUGCCGAAGAGGUGAGGAGAAGGACCAGUGAUGCGACAGAGAGGCUCAUUAAGAGCACGUCGCAUCCUGUAAGUGCCAUUUGUAUGGGGUGUGCAGGGAUGGCAGGCAUGGAGGAAGCGGUGCGAGAUGGCUGUAUCAGGGCAUAUGGUGAACGACAUGGCCGACGAGUGAGGAUAGUGGAUGGCGUAGUCGCCGGGGCAGGCAUGCUUGUGACGGCUUGCAAGGCGGGAUUCUGA